CCCCCCCCACAACUUCAGCCUAAGCUCAGCUGGGGGAGGCAGUGAGCACCUGGGCAAUGGAGAUAGGUCAGCCAGGGGGCGUGGUUUCUGGAGAAUGGGCAUGGCUUCUGGAGAAUGGGCGUGGCCUCUGCACAGAUAAGCUCCCCUGCCACCUGAGGCUCCUGCAGACCUAAGACAGGGCGCCGAGGUCGGUCUGGGGCAACUGUUGGCGUUGCUCGCUGUACUUCUGAUCCUGCUGUACUUCUCUCGCCAGCCCCAUGGUGCACUCCCAGCUACCUGUCCUGUCUCUUCUCUGCCUCUGCUGGGCACUCAUGUUGCUGCCCCCGGAGCUGACUCUGGGAAGGCCCCAGAAAUUCUCCCUGGUGACCCCCAAAGAUGCGGGGUUGCAGAAAGCCCUGGCCUUCACCGUGCCGCAAUACAACCAGAAGAGAACAAACGAUGCCAACUACUUCAGGCUGCAGAGAGUGACGGCGCGGUCAAAGGUGUAUACUGAACGCCUGAUCAAAUAUCGUCUUAAAAUCGAAGUAGUGAAAACUGUAUGUGAAAAGACGACCAGUCAUACAAUGACAUAUGAGGAGAUCCAGCAAUGUCCUCUAUUUCCAGGCCAACUGCAGAACCAAUCCUGCUACCUAAAAGUCACAUCCCGUCCUGUGGAACAUAAUAUGACCAUGAAAAUCGUAUCCUGUAUCUAAUCUUUACCUCCGAAGGACCCCUUAUGUGCAGGCGAAGGAAUCUGAGGGUGUCCAGCAGCCGAGCAAGUUCCGGUGUGCAAGCUGUGUUCACAGCAAGCUUUGCUUCUUCUGACAGACAGAAAUCGGGAAUGGAAUGGUUUGCUUAAGCCCAAAAUUCACAUUUCCUGAGUUUCUGAAAUUGUUCCUUGACAUACACAGAGGCCUUUUCUGGCGCUUCUGUUUUCUGUAAUUUUCAUCUUUGAGAAGAAUCGACAUUUUGCUAAAUCAGUGGAUUAGUGCUAAUAAAGCGAUCAUCAUGACGUUCCGUCUUGUCUUCCUUUCUUGCCCA